GGGCCCAAUCCGGGCAAAGUUUGGGCCUUGGCUUCGGACGCUGUAGCUGAUGGGGGAGCUGCCUGGUUUGAUGUACCAUAACCCGUUGCACCGCAAGGCGUUCCCCUGAAUGGGUUUACUUGGAAGAAAGACAUGUUGGCUUUAUUAGGGUUAAAUUCUGGGUACAUUUGUGCUUAGCAAACUCUGCUAUCCUGAUGCCUGAGUCUGCUUCCUCGGAAAUAUUGGUAUUAACCUAACUGAUCCGGUGUUCAGAGGCAUAUACAGAGGUACUCAAAAGCAUCAAGAUGACUUCUUGGAUGUAAUGGACAGGGCAAUCAAAAUUGGUGUUAAAAAGUUCAUGAUCACAGGUGGAAGUUUGCAAGAUAGUAAAGAUGCACUACAACUGGCAAAAACAAAUGACAUGUUUUUCAGUACUGUUGGUUGCCAUCCCACACGAUGUGGUGAGUUUGAGCAGGAGAACCCAGAGCAGUACUUAUCAGAGUUACAAGAUCUAGUGGAGAAGAAUAAAGGGAAAGCCAUAGCAAUUGGGGAGUGUGGCCUGGAUUUUGACAGAUUAGAAUUCUGCCCUAAAGACACCCAACUCAAGUAUUUUGAGAAACAGUUUGACUUAUCCGAACAAACAAAAUUACCGAUGUUCCUGCACUGUAGGAAUUCACAUCCUCAAUUUAUAGAUAUAAUGAGGCGAAACAGAGAGAGGUGUGUGGGAGGUGUGGUUCACUCUUUUGAUGGGACCAAAGAAGAGGCAGCAGCUAUAAUUGAGUUAGAUCUUUAUGUAGGAAUAAAUGGUUGUUCACUGAAAACAGAAGCCAAUUUAGAAACAGUGAAAUCAAUUCCCAGUGAAAGAUUAAUGAUAGAGACAGAUGCUCCUUGGUGCGGAGUGAAAAAUACACAUGCCGGCUCAAAAUAUGUAAAAACUACAUUCCCCACGAAAAAAAAGUGGGAAUUUGGACACUGCCUGAAAGACAGGAAUGAACCUUGCCAUAUAAUCCAAAUACUGGAAAUACUAGCAGCCGUACGGGAAGAAGAUCCACUAGAACUGGCCAACACGAUGUAUAACAACACUAUUAAAGUAUUCUUUCCAGAUAUGUAAAGCAGUUGAUGUAUUAUAAUAUGACCUAUUAAUUUUGUUCAUAAAAUAUAAGAAUUAAAGUUCUGUGUAUUGA